AUGGCAUCGGCCUUAAGAUCAUAUAAUAGAUUUGUGUUAAAAUCUCCUUUACUAGCGAUGAGCUUAACUACAGGAACAACGAUGGGCUUGGGAAAUAUUAUUUCUCAAACAGUGAUUGAAAAACGAACAAUAGAUACUGUUGAUUGGGGUCGUGUUGCUCGAUUUUCUGCUUUUGGUUGCAUCGUUGCGGGGCCAUUUCUUCGAUAUUGGUACUAUGGAUUAGAAAAAUAUUUUGCUGGAGUUCGAUUUAAACCUUUGAAGAUGAUGAUUACGGAUCAGCUCAUUGCCGCUCCAUUUCUUAAUGUGGCUUUUUUAUAUUACUUCCCAUUAGCGAGUGGAAAAUCUAUGUCUCAAGCGACGGAUCGUUUUUGCAAGGAUUUUCCAACUGUUAUGAAAGGUAAUUAUUGCGUAUGGCCUGCUAUUCAGCUAACGAACUUCUAUUUUAUUCCUAUACAACAUCGUGUUCUCUUUGUGAAUAUUUGUUCAGUAAUGUGGUCAACAUUUCUUGCAUAUGUUACAAAAUGA